AUGGUCUUCAAGCCGUUCACCCACCUCGCGCGCCAGAGUUUCACCAAAGCCUUCACACAUGGCUAUGCUCAGUCGGUAGUUGCGGCCUCGCAGUCCUCGUACGCGUCGUCGACUACAUUAAACACCCUUUCCAGUCAGCCCGCCGCCAAGUUCACGAGAACAACUCAAUUACAGAAUGUCUUCCAGCCCUCUAGCUCCGGUGCAGGCGCCAAGGCCAGCCAGGGAACUUCCGGCUCUGGGGAUCUGGGUUUAGCGGCCUACUACGCUGCAUGGCAACAUGCUCAGCAAACCGGAGAUGAUAGUGACUGGAAGCAGCUGCAGAUGCGGAGGAGAAUCGGUUGGAAGCCUACGUUGAACGAAGAAGAAGGAAAGACGAAGAACGAAGCCAGCCUUCCAUCCUCGGACUCCCAAUUCCACGAGUCACCUCACAUCACCAAAGCCUCCGCCAAUGACGAUGUCAGUGCUCAGGUCGAAGAAGCCGUUGCCCGCGAGAUCCAGAUCCAAGAAGAACAAGCGCAGGCCGAGGAGGCUUCCGAGACCAAGGACAAUCUCGACACCGAAGCGUUUCCCGAUUUACCCGCCGAUGUUGCUGCUGUGGAGGAUGCGAACGUCGAGCAGUCUCGCAUUGCUUCCGAACAUAUCGUCGAACUAGCCAAUGGCAGGAAAUAUGCGGAUAUUCCGGGUGCCUUCGCCGCUAUUCUUCGGGAUGGAUUGACGCCGACCGUCGGGGCCUACAAUGCCCUGUUGGAGUCGGCGAUCCAGCUCCAUGGGGACACUGCCCAGGCGAUCCAGAAGGCUCUGGACAUCUACUCGGACAUGCUUCGUCGUAGGGUAAUUCCCGAUGAGCAGACCUACCAGACUUUGGUACAGCUUUUCGUCGUUCGCGCCCAUGAUGCCAUCAAGUCCAAGGAUCUCUUGGAGCAGGACCGUGCCCGGUACGGUGGUAUGGAGGAGCCUGGCAAGUUCAUGCUACACUCCAGUGAGUUGGAGCAGGCUCUUCUUGCCGAGGAUCACUCUCUUGCCAUUGCCAUGAAGCUCUUCCGCACUGCCACUACCCGUCACCCCGAGUUCGUUUUCGCUCUCGACACCUACCGCUACCUGAUCACCGCGUGUGCCAAGGAAUGUCUGGUUGAGGACAUGGUCUGCGUUUACGCCCACAUGGAAACACACAAGGUGACCCCACAUGCCUCGAUUUUCCCGGCCAUGAUUGAUGCUUUUGCUUCGACGGGGGACUUGAAGAGCGCUGUCGAGUGCUACAACGAGUACAAGGCUCUGGCUGUUUCGGACGACAACGGCACCUUUAGUAUUGUUCAGCGCUUGGAUGGGCAGGUCUACGCCGCCCUGGUCCGUGCUUACCUUUCCUGCGGAAAGGAAGAGCAAGCUCUUCGGUUCCUGGAGCGGAUCCAAGAGUCGUUCCACGAUGUGACAGAAAACCGUGAGGCCCGCCAGGACGCCGUCGAAUCGGUAAUUGCUGAGGACGGAUUGGUGCGUCAUGCCCUUAAGUCGGGGGAGCACGGUCGGGCAUUGGAGCAAGCCAAGACCCGGUUGCACGAUAACGCGCUGGAUCAUGCCAUGUCGCAGAUCUGCAUCGCCGCGGCGGAUGCGGGUAAUCUGCAGACAGCUUCCGAAGCAUACGAUUCUCUCCCCACCGACAUGAGCGUCCGCCAGAGGCCCGCGGUCUCGUUGCUGGCCCUCCAUGUACGUCAAGGCAAUGUGUCGGCCGCCCGGACCCUGUGGCACGCCCUGAACACUGCCGGUCAGGCAACCCCGGACAUGGUCCAGCCGACCGCUAUGUAUGCAGUCGCCCUCGUGAAGAGUGGUCAGAUCGAAGAGGCUCUGGUCGAAGCUCGUAAUAUGUUUGCUCGGAUUCGCAGUACCUCGACCGACUUGACCCUCAACCAUAUUCGCGAACAGGUCAACGAAAGUCUUCACCUUGUCGGUCGCGUUCUUGUCCAAACUGCGGCUGUUCUCUCCUCUCCAGCUGCCAUGUCUCUCAUGUGGUCAAUGGUUGAGAAUGGCGGCCUCAUUUCCCCGGUCGCUGAGCAUGUAGUGGCAAGCUUGGGUCCGAUCGGCAUUUCCCAGUUGAAUGCCCGCGACCUCAUGCUGGCUCUCCAGGUACAGGCUGGUAUGCUUCUCAACAACAGCGCGAUGUUCGACGUGGCUCACCCCAUCCGCUUCGCCCACAUGCUCGACCUCGCUCUGGCCACUGGCCUGCCGAUGGAUGCUACCACCACCCAGAUGGUCGACCAAGCCGUGGGUAAGCUGUUCAACAGCCGCCCGGACAUGGUUAAGAGAUGGCACGAUCAUCUUGCCAUGACCUCUAGCCCUUCGUCCUUCGUCAGUGGUCGUCACUCUCCCGGAUCCGAUCUGACCUCGAUGACCCCUGUGUCCAACGAGGACUCAUUCGACCCCUAUGCCUACGCCACCGAUUUCCGCGGAUCUUCGAUCAUCGCUGAUGAACUGGAAAGCACCACCGGCCAGCUAGAGUCUCACCUGAACGAGGCUCUCUCUCGCCUCCGUACCAUGCGCCGCAGCGGCCGUCACCCUCGCUACAUCACGUACGCCAAGCUGAUUACUUCUGCGACGAAGAUCAACCGCGUUGAUCUGGUCCAUGAGGUUUUGAGCAUGGCUCGCCGUGAUGUGCCUUUGCUUCCCCAGUACAAUGCCGUCAAGUACGGUUGGGUUUCCAUCUUGGACGCGAUGGUGGCCUCGUGCCUGAGCCUGGGCGACCGCAGCCAGGCUUCCAAGUUCCACCAAGAGCUGCUGGAGCUUGGCUCUGCACCCUCGGCCAACACGUUCGGUCUUUACAUCACGACCCUGAAGGAAUCGACUAAGACAUUCGACGAAGCGACCGAGGCUCUGAAGAUCUUCCACCGCGCCGUUGCGGAGGGUGUUGAGCCCACAUCUUUCCUGUACAACGCUCUCAUCGGAAAGCUCGGUAAGGCUCGUCGGAUUGAUGACUGCCUGCUGUACUUCGCCGAGAUGCGCGCCAAUGGAGUCCGCCCGACCAGCGUCACUUACGGAACCAUUGUGAACGCUCUCUGCCGUGUCAGUGAUGAACGGUUUGCCGAAGAAAUGUUCGAAGAGAUGGAGUCGAUGCCUAACUACAAGCCUCGCCCUGCCCCUUACAACUCUAUGAUUCAGUACUUCCUCAACACCAAGCGCGAUCGCAGCAAGGUCUUGGCCUACUUCGAGCGCAUGGUCACUCGCAAGAUCCAGCCCACGAUGCACACCUACAAGCUGCUCAUUGACGCCCACGCCUCUUUGGAGCCCAUUGACAUGCCCGCGGCGGAGAAGGUGCUUGAGACCAUCAAGGCUGCCGGUCAGCAACCUGAGGCUGUGCACUAUGCUUCCCUCAUCCAUGCCAAGGGUUGUGUGAUGCACGAUAUGGAGGCUGCCAUGGACGUCUUCCGUUCCGUGGUGUCGAACCGCAAGGUGCGCGUUCAGCCUUGUCUGUAUCAAGCCCUCCUCGAGGCCAUGGUCGCCAACCACCAGGUCGCCCGGUCCGAGGAGAUUGUGAAGGACAUGGCUGCUCGUCGGGUUGAGAUGACCGCCUACAUUGCGAACACUCUCAUCCACGGAUGGGCUGCGGAGGGUAGCGUGGACAAGGCCAAGACUAUUUACGACAGCAUUGGCAUUGAGAAGCGCGAGCCCAGUACCUACGAGGCCAUGACGCGUGCGUUCUUGGCAUCGGAUGACCGCGAGGGUGCCGCCCGCAUUGUGCAGGAGAUGCUCUCUCGGGGCUACCCCCCUGCUGUGGCCAGCAAAAUCGCUGAUUUGGUUGGGACUGGUGGUGCUACUACCGUCCCUGCCGUCGCCGCUCUCUAG